UACCGUGACAAACCACUACUGACUGAUAGCAAAACUAUGUUGUGGAAUUCCACAUGCAUUUGAAAUAUUACUAGUGUUUGUGGGACAUUAAAUGUGUGAUAUUUCAAGACGACAUUAAAUAAUGUGUUCAAAUUAUAGUUGACAUGAAAUGGAUGAAGACCAUGUGCCAGUGAGGAAAAAGUUUCUGUGUUUUGAUUUGUGGGAACCAAGAAAAUGGUUGUGGACGUACACUAUAGUACCCAGUGGCCUCAGGUUUGCACUGCACCUGACUGCUGUAGUGGUAGACCUGGUGGUGGCUUGUCGUCUGCUGUGGUCACAUCAGCUGAUUGUAGCCGGGGUAGUCACUCUCUCCAUGGUAUACAACCCUGUACUGCUCACAUUGUGGCUCGCUCCCCCUCAACCCCCCCAGGGACCGCGGCUCACAGACCUACUCGCCUGGGCUACCUCGCUGACUGUUAACAUCAUUGUCUCCCCCGUACUCAUCUCCAUGAGUUUGUUCAAGCAUUUCACCUGGACGAUUUGGGCGAUCCGGAUGAAAAAGCCGUGUAAAGAGGUUCUAGCAGAGUAUGAUGAAUGUCUACCCAGAGAAAUCCACAGUUAUAUGUUUCUACAAGCCUUUACUGAGUGCGCACCCCAGACUGUUCUACAACUACAUUUGCUGCUGCUCGGGGUGACCAACAGUCACUUGACAGCCGGUCUUCAAGCAGUCAGCGUUGCCGUGAGUCUAAUCAAGCUAGCCUGGUGUGUCACUGACUACCAUCGCUACGAGGCGCAAGUAGUGGGCGGCCGCACUCCCGUCCUGCUACUCAGUCCUCCUCAACACAAAGUAUCGGAGGAAAUACUCCCCGUCAGCUACUGCCUUCUAGAUAAAGUAACUCCUCUCGAGCAGGACAGUCCGUCGGGAAAGGUGGUACUAUUUAUAUCCUGGCUGCUUUUAACAUCAGGAAGAAUAUUAUGUGUCGUUGUUUCGCUUGAAGUCCACUUGAGCGUCACUGUUAUAGUUUUGUCCACACAUUUCUCAGUUAUACUUCUGUAUUUUUUAUCGUCUCAUUCCACAUCGUUGUUGGACGUACCGUAUAGACUGAUGAGUGCGUUUUUCUCUCUAAUUUCGCUUAUCGAGGUGUCGGUGCACUUUCACAAAACUCCGCUUCUGUACAGUUUAUUCUUUAUUCUCCUUUCUGUGGAGAACACUUUUUUAAUGGUGUUGUUUUUCGUUUAUCCGUCAGAUAAAUGUGCAAGUGUUUUAAGUUGUUCACAUUUUGGUAUGUUUGCGUAUUUCAAAAUCAAUUCUAAUGUCAUAGGAGUGAUCAUGUUUGGCAUCUACUUGUCUUGUCUUCGACCUUCACCCAGCUUAGUCACAGCUGAUUCUUCCACGUCUGGUUCUCGAUCCAGCUGACUAAUAAAUCAGGUACCA